UUCGUUGUCUAAACAUUUGGUAACCAUAAUUGAGACUCCGAAAAUUUUGAUGCAAAAUGAUUUUCAACCCUCUUCAUUUAUUAUAUCCGAUUCAAGAAAGGAGCUACAUAUAAAUUUGGAAGAUAUAAUCCUAAACAUAAUUAGCUUAGGCACAGAAGCAUAACUAAAAGCGGAAGGCUGCGGUUCUUAAAUAACAGAUCCGAAAACCCAGAAGCGAGAACCCUUUCAGACAGACACUUCCAUCUACAAGGGCAAAGGCAAGAAAGAUGCUGUGACUCUCACGAAGGAGGCAAGGACUUACGUAUCACCGUAGCAGAUCGUAGCCCAGCCAACCCACAACUCCUACUCAUAUUUCACCACCUACACAGUGAAAGAUGAGGAGCAUGGCAAGCUCAGCUCCUCAACGCGGUAUAGCUGCCAUCGUGGGCGUAGGGCCAAGGCUCGGCCGCUCCAUAGCCCGAAAGUUCGCCCAUGAAGGUUACACCGUCGCUAUUCUCGCCCGCAAUCUCGGGAGGCUCUCGAAAUUCGCGGACGAGAUUGCGAGGGAAGAGAAGGCCCAGGUUUUCGCCAUUAGAAUAGACUGCUCUGAGUCUAGAAGCGUUAGGGAGGCAUUUGAAGGGGUUUUGUCUUUGGGUUUUGUAGAGGUGCUGGUCUACAAUGCGUACCAGCAGCCGCACCCCACCAACUUCACCGACAUCCGCCUCGACUCGUUUGAGAAGUCCCUCGCCGUUGCUUCUGUCGGAGCUUUUCACUGUGCUCAACAGGUACUUCCGGGAAUGGUGGAAAGAGGAAGGGGAACGAUCUUGUUUACAGGAUGUUCAGGUUCACUCAAGGGGAUUGCUGGCUACUCUGAACUAUGUUGUGGAAAAUUUGCACUGAGAGCACUAUCACAAUGCUUGUCAAUGGAAUUUCAACCGCAUGGGAUACACAUAGCGCAUGUGAUUAUUGACGGUGUGAUUGGCCCAUCUGAAGGAAGCCAAUCAUCAUCAAGUACUUCACAGAGGAUGACGAUGACGUUAGGGAUUGACGGGGUAAUGGAUCCCGACGUGGUGGCUCAAACCUACUGGCAAUUGCACGUCCAAGACCGGAGUGCUUGGACCCAAGAAAUCGACCUUCGUCCAUCUAACCCCCCCAGAUUCUGUUAGCCAAUUAAUGUCAAAUAUUAAUCAGUUGGACUCCACAUAAUCAUGUGAUCAUAAUUACUUAAUCAUGAUUAAGUUAUAAUUCCUUUUAUUUCCUCAGCCUACUACUUUAAGAAAGAGCUUGAAGACACUAUGAAGCCAGUUUGCAGCAGGAUCGACUGGACCUAGUACGCUUGGAGAGAAGCUCUUGCUGGCAGAGGUCCUAAUCUAUCUCCAAGUGGUCUGGAAAUUGUAGGGUCCAGCUUAAAGAUGAGUGUGGGGAUGCCCCAUACUUCUCUAGUGUUCUAGACUUCUAGUCAAAAGUACAACCAUUCCUCCCUCCUUUUCACACCAAACCCCUAAAUCCAAAAUAAGAAAGCAUAAAUAGGACCAUUUUCUGAUGCCAUGCUUGGUGUCUUGGAUUGAAUUAUUUUCGUCGUAUAAAUUAUUAUGUGUGUGAUUUUUUUUUUUGUUUUUGAAAUAAAUAUUUUAAAAUAAAUAUAAUUUAUGAGAUUAUAUGUCUGUGA